GAUUUAGUUUUUUUCUUGUUGUUGUUGUUAAUUGUUGAUUGUUUUUGAUUAAAAUGUGUACCGAAAUGGAGGAAACUGAAGCCCAACGUGAGAAAUUGUUUGAAAACACUCGUCGAAUAUUCAAUCCACCUUUAUAUUUACAACGUUAUGAUGCCGUUAUCGGUGCAGUGAUCAACAAUAAGGAGACAAUUAAAAGUGUCGCUGACUUGGGCUGUUCGGAAGGUAAUUUAUUGAAAUACUUUAAACCAAUUGGACAUUUAGAGAAAAUAAUUGCUGUUGAUUUGGAUGAUUUUUCACUUGCCUAUGCUAAUAGGAAAAUUGAACCAAUUGUUGCUGAUUAUAUUAUGGGUCGUCAGGUACAAUUAGAUGUUUAUAUUUACCAAGGUGACAUUUGUAAACCUGAUCCUCGUUUAAUUGGUAUCGAUGCAAUUUCUUGUGUUGAAGUUAUUGAGCACAUGGAAGAGGAUAAAGUUGAUGAGCUGGUUGAUUAUUUUGGUAUCUAUAAACCUAAAUUGGUCGCAAUUACAACGCCAAAUAUUGAAUUUAAUGUUAUCUUUGGUAAUAAGGAGCCAAGAUUCCGUCACUAUGAUCAUAAAUUUGAAUGGACUCGAAGUCAAUUUCAUGAUUGGUGUGAAAAGGUGAUCACUAAUUAUCCAGAUUAUUAUUAUGAGAUAACGGGAGUUGGUAUUCCCACCAAAGAGUAUCCAAAUGUUGGCUAUGCCUCACAAAUCGCCUACUUCCGACCACACCCAACAAAAAAACUGGACUGUCAAUCGGUGGUGGUUGAUAGUAAUACGCUUCAAGAAACAUAUCGGGAACUUUGGCAUCACACUUAUGAACAAAAGACUCAGGAACCAUUUAAACCAAUCGAUUGGUGUUUUUGAUUAACAUGCUCUCCGAUCAACCAAAAAAAAAACACCAAGAAAAUCAAUCAAUUCAACAUUUGAUUUCAAUGCUCAACACAAUCAAAAAAAAGCAACAAAGUAAACAAAGAUCACAAUCUUAUCGCCAUAUAGAGUAUAUAUUUUGACCGAUGAUCUCUCAUAUACCUUUCCAUUAUUAUUACCAUUAAUUGUUACAUUUUCCACAUUUAAAUUUUCUCUCUCUCUCUCUCUCGUUUUCCGUAUCUUUUUUUACCUAAUUAACUUUAAUUCAUUGACAUUAAUUUUCCUACUCCAAUGAUUUUCUGACACAGCCAAAACUUGACAAACAAUCAAGGAAAACAACCAAUUGAAGACACACCAUCAUUGUGCUACUGAUUAAACCAAUUAAUCAGAAGUGUGUUCAAUUUUUGUUCAAUUAGAAACACAAAAUUUGUAUUAAUAUUUGUUUCCAAUGAAAAAAAAUGAUCUCAUUGAUUUGUUACUCUAAUUAAACCAUUCUAAUAAUGA